AAAACAAUCCUCCAUUUAUACCUUAUAUAUUAUAUUAUGAAAGAAUUGAGAUUCCCUUUGAGACUUGAGAGAGAGAGAGAGAGAGAUCAGAAUAAUAUUUUGUAGAGAGAGAAAGAUCAGAAAUGGUGAGGAAAUGCUCACACUGUGGAAAUGUGGGUCACAAUUCAAGAACUUGCACUUCUCAGAAUCAUAGAGGAACCAAAUUUAAGCUAUUUGGAGUUCAACUUCAUAAUGAACCAACUGCUUUGUUGAAGAAGACUAUUAGCUUGGAUUCUUUGCCUUCUUCUUCUUCUUCUUCUACUUCUUUAUCUUCUUCUUCUUCUUCUGAAAAAUUGUCAACUGGGUAUCUCUCAGAUGGCCUUAUCACCAAAGCCCAUGAAAGAAAAAAAGUAGGUGUUCCAUGGAGCGAAGAGGAACAUAGGGUGUUCCUAGUUGGGUUAGAAAAGCUUGGAAAAGGAGAUUGGAGAGGAAUUUCAAGGAAAUUUGUAACUACAAGAACUCCGACUCAAGUGGCUAGUCAUGCACAAAAGUACUUUCUUCGACUCACUACUCUCAACAAAAGAAAACAACGUCGUCCCAGCCUCUUUGAUGCUGCUGCAGCAAGGGACAAAUUGACAGUGCAAGUGGUUGAAAAAGGCAUCAGCAAUUUGAAACCAAGCAAUAAUAAUAUGCAACCUUCAUCCAAUAUUUCCUUUGGGAAUCCAAAUCCUCCAAUUCAAAAUAUUUCCAAAUCAAAUCUUUGCAAUUGGUUUGGUCAUGAUGAAGAUGAGCCAUAUUUCAAGUUUCAAUCUUCAAGCUCAAUUAUGAUCAACAAUUUUCAAACAACAACCCAUCAUCAUCAUCAACCACCUGAUUUGCAGCUAAGUUUGUCCACUCCAAAGCCAGUUGAACAAGUAGCUCAGUGAACAUUAUUAUAUAUAUAUAUUAAUAUUAGUAUAGUUUGUACUUUUGAAGUGGAAUAACAAUGUUUCUUUUCUAAUAUGUUUAUGUUCGUCAUUAUUGUAUCAUCAAAACUCACUUGUCCACAACCAAGUUGGGCUUUAUUGAUUAUCGAAAAUAAAAUAUUCUUAAACAAAA